ACAUCUCAAAAAACUUUUUUACUUAGUUAAAUACUAUCGUUUUAGAAAAAUAAAUUAGAACAAUAUUAUUAGAAGAAUUAGAUGAACCAUGGAUGAGACCUCGAGAGUGAACGCGAUGAAGGUGCAAUGGGCCUCAAAUAUUGCCCUUACUCAAAACAUUGCAAGCAUCCUUUGGGAAAUCGUUCCAAUUCGGCACCACCAUUGGAGCCGAUACGUGGACAAAGGACUCCCAAAUGAAGUGUGUCGCCUUGUUCUCAUGCACCCCCUAUCCUUUGUUGAUCAAGAGUCCGUCUCACAUCUACUUUUGGUUAAUGAUCUUCCCUAUGAUAGUCGCGAUCCAAAAGAAUUUACUGAAUUUACUGAUUAUAUGGAGAGUGUUGCAGAAUUCGGUUUUAAUCAUAUCAUAAUCAUUGGAGAGAUCGAUUACGGAAUGGUUUUUAUGGAUUGCUAUAGUCUUCUAUUUCAAUAUGUGCCAAAGAUUGUGGCCAAGUAA